AUUUCAAUACAGCUGAGACUUGAGAGUCAGAGUGAGUUGUGUAGAACAGUUUUUUACAAGAUUUCCAACAUAAUCACAUAGAUCAGAUCCAUAUUUCUUCACCAUUUAAUACCAAAAUCCAAUUCUUGUGUGUAUUCACACCUACCCAAAAGCUUUUUCAAUCUAUUCAAACAAACCCUAACUUAUCCUUGAUCCUUUUCAUACGCAAAUUCAAUUUCACAAGGAAAUCCUUUGCUAAAAUUAGUAAAACCCAACUACUUAGUGAAUCCCAGUCGUCAAUUUCAUGAUUUCUUAGUGAAAUUGAAACCCUUGAAUUACCCCCCUUCACUGCAAUUUCAAUCCAUAUGCUCCGAAGGGUACAAGAUCAAAAUCUGAACCAAUUGAUACACAGUAAUGGGAGCUGAGAAGAAAUGGCUUUUUACACUGUUCUUCGCCGCAUUCAUCUCCCUACUACUGUUUAUCUCCUCGAUCUGCGGUUAUAGUUCUUCAUACGCCUUCACUUCACACAAACCCUUCUCCACCGUCCACCGUGGGCGCGGCUACCCGCCGGCGUUCGCUUACUAUAUUUCAGGCACCCGCGGUGACGCCGAUAGGAUUUUCCGGCUGUUGCUUGCGGUGUACCAUCCGAGGAACAGGUAUCUGUUGCACAUUGGAACGGAGGGUUCCGACGAUGAGCGGAGGAAGUUGAGUGUGUUGGUGAAGUCGGUACCGGCAAUUAGGGCUUUUGGGAACGUUGACGUGAUCGGAAAGCCUGAUCCAACAACAUACAUGGGUGCCAGUAACAUUGCUGCCAUUUUGCGUGCUGCUGCAAUUUUUUUGAAGGUUGAUCGUGAUUGGGACUGGUUUAUAACCCUCAGUGCACUGGAUUAUCCUUUGCUAACACAAGACGAUUUGUCACAUGCAUUCUCCACCAUCAACCGAGAUGCCAAUUUCAUUGAUCAUACCAGUGAGCUUGGAUGGAAAGAGGAUCAAAGAAUCCGACCAAUCGUAGUCGAUCCAGGACUUUACUUAGCAAGAAGAACACAAAUCUUUCGUGCCACUGAAAAACGACCAUUACCUAAUGCUUUCAAAGUUUUCACAGGAUCUCCAUGGGUGAUUUUGAGCCGUUCGUUUCUUGAAUACUGUAUAUUUGCGUGGGAUAAUCUCCCUCGGACUCUCUUAAUGUAUGUUAACAAUGUGGCUUUGGCUCAAGAGGUCUACUUUCAUACGGUGGUCUGCAACUCACCUGAUUACAAAAACACGACAAUCAAUGCGGAUUUAAGGUACAUGGUGUGGGACAAUCCUCCUAAAAUGGAGCCAUUGUUUCUUAACAAGUCGCAUUACAAUGAAAUGGUGGAAAGUGGUGCAGCUUUUGCAAGACAGUUUGGGAAAAACGAUGCGGUUCUUGACAUGGUUGAUAGGAAGAUCUUGAAACGUGGUGGUGGGAGGGCGGCACCCGGGGCGUGGUGCACCGCUAGGAAGAGCUGGUUUGUGGACCCAUGUUCACAGUGGGAUGAUGUUAAUGUUUUGAGACCAGGGAAUCAAGUGAAGAAGUUUCAAGAGGAGUUGAAGAAUCUGAUGGAGGAUUCAAGAUUACAGUUAAAUCAAUGCAUGUGAUUAUGAAGGAGGAGAAGAUUUGGGGGAUAGUUAUUGUUGUUCUUGAUCCUCUGUGCUCAAGAUUCAAGCUUUGUUUGUUGUUUACAGAGGUUCUUUUGAUUGGGGGUGGGUUGGGUACAAGUUUUGUUGUAAAAUGGUGAGGAUGAUAUGAAAGUGAACAAUAAGAUGAAUCCUCCCAAAUUGUAAACCUGUUUGCAAUGUUGUAAUCUUGCUCUUUUAUCUCUUGUUUGUUUUUGGUGUCUAUGGUUGUAAUAUUACAAACAUAAUUUUAUUCAUUUAGAGUUUAAAACA